AAUAUAGGGCCGUACGUGUGGUUUGGAGUUUCUGCUAUCGUGCUGUUGAACUGUAGCCCGAAAACUCUGGACUUUAAUAACAGAAAAACGUCGUUCCCUGCAGAGAGAUGUGCACUUUUGAUAAGGACAAAGGGCCAAGGAGGCUGAUGAGAAAGGGGUUGGCCCUUAUAAUCAUCGGCCAUAUAAACUUCAUCUUUGGCGCCAUUGUCCAUGGCAGCAUUCUCCGCCACAUUUCCAAACCCAGCCAGCAAAUUUCUACUGAAUACACCGUGACCAACAUCAUCUCCGUCACCUCGGGCUUGCUGAGUAUUGCAACUGGGAUUAUUGCCAUUGUGGUGUCAAGGAACCUUAAUGUGCUCAAAGUGCAAAUAGGCCUCCUGACUGCAUCAAUCCUGAAUGCUUUGCUCUCAGCAGCAUGUUGUGUCGGACUUCUCUUUGCCAUUGGUGUCACAAUUGCCCACGAUGGGACAGCUUUGAUGGUCGGUUGCAGUGACACACAGGUGCCCAUAAAUGCUCGGUCACCUGUUGGUGUCCAAUGUCCAUUUGAUACUACAAGGAUCUAUGACACCACCCUGGCUCUGUGGAUCCCCUGUGCAGUGUUUUCGGCAGUUGAAGUAGGACUGUCAGUGUGGUGCUUCAUGGUGGGACUGGCUCUCAGGGGGCUGCCACCCUGCAAGAACAACUACAUCAAAGAGCAGUUGGAGGAAGAGGCCGAGUGCUCUCCUCACAGCCGACACCUGAUUGGAGAGCGUGCGAAUCCCGAACUGUAACUAAACAAUAACAAGCACAUCUAAGAAGGCUAAAUCCCAAAAAGCAUGACUGCAUCUCUGCACAGACUGAACUAUUUCUUCUACAGUCAUUUAGGGUAGUGUUACUCCAGUAAUGUAGUGCAGGAAUGGAAUGAGUUUACUACAGCUGGCUGCUCACAGCUCCACUUUGUGUCCCUAACUAAUGUUAAUUUAGUGAACACAUCACAAAAAAAACCCCUAUUGACUGAUGGGAUUCAGCGUUCAUGCCAAUGUAAGUGACAAUAUAUACAGGUACAAAGUAAGAUAUAAAGAAUAUAAAGAAUAUAAUAUAAAUAUAAAGAUAUAAAGAAUGAUUUCAGUCCUGUACCCCUACUUGACUGUUUGAGUUUUAAGUGUGCCAAUACGAUGAAACCUUUGUUCAUGAAGGAAAAACUAGCAACAAUGUUUUUAGAUUAACUCAAGUAUGUUUUAGUAUGUAUGCUUAUUUCAGAGACAUAUAGCUUUUUGCAAUAUGUUUAGUGUUUUACUGUUUGUACAGAUUAAUUAAUCCACUGUGCUGCAUUUAAGAUGCCUUCAGCGGACCACAGAAAAUGAAGUCUUGCUGUUUAUGCAAAUUGGAAACCUAUGAUGAAGAUGGUUAUGUAAAUUGGAAAUUUGUUGUAUUGAAAGAUAAUUGUAAAGGUAACUGAAAUGAGUAUCUUGGGAUGGAGAACCCUAUUUGCUUGCUGAACAUCCCAUUGAUGUGGUUGUACUGUAUUUAAUAUGCACUAUAAAGUGUUUUUAUAUAUUCUUUUUCUAAUUACAUUAUUAUUUGUCAGCUUUUUGCUUAAAUUCUGAGAAAUCAUGUUUCAAAGAGAUUUUAAACUAAAACUGUAGUGAGAUUAAAUUGAGUAUGCUUUUUUUUUAAAAAGUAAACUUUUUAUUGGUGGUCAUACAUUUGAAGUAAGCAGUAAUCAUUUUAAGCAGUGUCCAGAAUUUUUGUAAGGCCAUGCAUUUCACACACAUAUACUUUACUCUGUAUCAAUUAAACAUAA